CUUUCCGAGUGCUUCUUUUCCACUUCUCCGCGGUAUCCCGAGUCUCGUCAACGUUUCCUACCAUUUUCGCAGUCCUCCCCCCUAUCCAAAUUCUUCGAAAAAUAUCUAAUCAUCUCAUCAUCUCAUCAUUUCAUCAUCACCCCUAUACCUCAGCCUGGCCUGACUCUUAGCCUCUGUGAGGUUCAAAGUUCAAUUUUUCCUGCUGCCUUCGACCUCUCAUCUUCAUUAUUCCCUAACGGCAGAUCAGCAGCCAAUUCAGCGAGUCGAUCUUCGCGUGCUGAACGAAUGUUACUCAGCUUGCAUAUCCUCCACUGCCGCCCGUUCUGUCUCCCAUCAGCACUAAGCCCGCGGCAAUUGUCCAAUGUCGAGAGGAGACAUGCCCGAAGGGGCGACUAUUCCCACCACGGACGGUUCAUCUACGUCCAUGGACAUCGAUGCAUUACCGCCGAAAUGGAACUGGGAAAAAGGCCCCGCUUACUCACCUUGUCCUAGCUUUAUGGACCAUCGCUAUCCGCCCCCGGAGUACCCUCCGAGCAUGAGCUACAUGAGCUCGCCAUUGAGCCAAAUGGCGCAUGCACAACCGCCACCACCACGACAUGCGAUGUUCAACGGCCUUCGCCUCGGCGGCCAUCACAUUCCAAUCCUGGUUCCAGAGAUGCCGAUGUUCGAGCAUUCCGAUAUGCUCGAUGAUGCGGCGGAGGCCAAACGGAGGAGGAUAGCGAGAGCUUGCGACACGUGUCGGAGAAAAAAGAUCAAGUGCGAUGGACGGCAGCCCGCCUGUGGCCAUUGUCUCACCUACAGGACCGACUGUGUCUUCACUCCAGUCGAGAAGAAGCGCACGAUUCAGAAGGGUGCUCGAUACGUCAAGGCCCUUGAGAACAGGUUGCAACGAAUGGAAAACAUUGCGAAAUAUGCCCGUAAAUUAGCAGACCUGGAGGGCGAGGAUGAAGACGGCGAGAUUGACCUCGGAGCCCUGGAGAGCGCACUAGCAGAAAAGUACGACGGACUGCACCAAGGCUCUCGAGCCGGCUCACCGCAUGGGUCGUCAUCUGCACAUCCCCAAGCCACAUCGACCCGGCGAAGCUCCUUGGCUUCCCCUGGGCCUGAGUCGGAUCAGGCCUCGGAGAAGGAAGAAGAAGUGAGCGGGUCCGAGGUGGAGGAACUGCGAGAAAUGAUGGGCUCUCUCGUAACGAACGAGUCCGGCGAGACGCAGUACUUCGGCUCCUCGUCUGGCUUCUCCAUUUUGUCGCCCAAGGGGAUCCAGUGGGUGAAGGAGAAGACGGGAGAUGACCCUUUCGAGAUGAUGAUAUCGGACGGCUCUAUCGGCGACAACAGGUGGACUGACUGGAAGCCCGAGGUGUUUGGUGAUCUUUUUAGGCGUCCCGUGUUCCGGCCACUGCCCCCGAAAGCCGAGGCAGUCUCGCUUCUGAAGGACUACUUCGGGAACUUCAACUGCAUGUUCCCCCUCUUUCACCAGCCGACGUUCAUGCACCUGGUCGAGCGGCAGUACUCGGGGGAGCCAUACGAGACCACCGGUUGGUGGGCCAGCUUGAACUGCUGUCUCGCCUUUGGCCACCGCCUCCGCGUCAUGAGCGACCUUGUGCCCCAGGAGGAGGACGAAAAAGCCUGGGGCUAUCUGAAGAACGCCAUGGCUUGCUUCCCGGAGUUGGCCAUGCGGAGUACCGACCUCUUUAGCGUGCAGGCAUUGUUAGCCAUGGCGCUCUUCUUGCAGGGCACCCCGAACUCGAACCCGAGCUUCGUCCUCGUCUCCACCGCCAUUCGCCUGGCCCAUAGCAUCGGUCUGCACACGCGGGGAGCCGGUUUCAACCUCGAUGCCAUCGAGAUUGAACAGAGAAAGAGGGUAUUUUGGAUCGCCUACAUGCUGGACAAGGAUGCAUGCCUUCGCUCGGGGCGGCCGCCUGCGCAGGAUGACGACGAUAUGAACGUGGAGCUACCGGAUGCCGACCCCGAGGAUAACAUCGGCAAUAUUCCCCUGCCCAACGGCAAGGGGAAAAUGAAUCUCUUCCGGGCCAUGUGCGAGAUCGCCCAGAUCGAGAGCAAGGUGUACCGUCGACUGUAUUCGACAAAGGCGGCGAAACAAUCGUGUGGCGAGUUACUCUACACCAUUUGCAAUCUGGAUGAGGAGCUGGAGGCUUGGAGAAAUCGGAUUCCCAUCGACUUCCGACCGGACCACGAAAUUAGGGCUUCGCAUACGCCGCUCAUCUUGCAUGUGGUCAUGCUGCACAUGACCUACCACAACUGCCUGACGACGAUACAUCGAAUGUCGGUGCGGGGUGGAUACUGGACCAGCCGAUUAGCCGACUUUGCCAAGAAGGGCCGGAACACCAAACCUCUGAACCCCCGGGUGUUCUCCUCCGCCUACAUAACCACGGCCGCCGCAAGGACGACGGUGUCGCUGCUCGAAUAUAUUCCGAAAGGGGACCUGUCGAUUGUCUGGCUUGUGCUCUAUUUCCCCGUGGCUGCACUGAUGACGCUAUUCAGUAAUAUCCUGCAGAACCCUAUGGACCGCAGGGCAACUUCGGACUCCAAGUUGAUGGAGGUGGUCGUGACGUUCUUAUCCAGACUAGGCCAGGAGGCCGAGACGGGCGGCGUUCACCGCAUGCUCGGAAUCUGCACGGAGUUUUUGAGAGUCGCUAAAGCGGCGAUUGCGAAGGCUGACAAGGACCUAUCUUUUACACGGAGGAAAAGGAGGAGCUGCAGCCCCACGGCCCCCACCGCCGCGGCGGCUGCUGCUGCCGGUACGGAGCAUCAGCCCGCCGCGUCACCACAAAGGCGGAGACCAACAUCGGCGACGAUGACGGCUGUGGGCAAUGGCGUCAACAGCGUCAACAGAGAAUACCUUUCUCCCCAAUUCAACGCCGAGGCCAACCGGCAACGGAAUCAAUUCAACAGCCCUGUGGUAACCAACGGGGUGCCAGAACCCCGCCCAGCAACAGCAACAGGAACGGCAACAGCAACCGAGCCUAGCAUUUGGCAGCUGAGGCAGGUACCGCAAGAACUGAUAGAACCACUAGAUCUUCGCGAUUGGGCGGACGCCUCUACCGGUAGGGGGUAUACAGCACAACGCAUGCAGCCAGCACCGGCACCGGACGUGGAGAUGGGCAUGGGCAUCGGACCGGGACCGGCUACGGGAACGGGAAUGGGAAUGGGAAUGGGAAUGGGAAUGGGGACGGGAAUGGGGGGAAUGGGAAUGGGAAUGGGGACGGGAAUGGGGACGGGAAUGGGGGGAAUGGGGAUCGACACGGGGAUGGGCUCCCCCGUCCCUGCGCCCAUGAACGGGCAAUGGAUGCCGAACUCUGUUCAGCCUCAGGACUCGUAUUCACAUCCAACGACAAACGAUUGGAACUGGGCAGAGACAAACGGCGAAGGGUAUCCGUCAGUGUAAAAAUGGAAACGUGGGAAACGUAUUAUGAAAAUGGUGGCGGACGAUACGAUGAGUGUCAAAUACAGCGUAACCGUAAAGGGUAAAUACGAUAAGAACGGUCAGAUUGAGAG